AUGGCUGAAGACAGCAGCCGAUCGGCGGUGGUUGUGUCGGGUGUGCCAUUGUAUCCGUAUCGGGUAGGGUGGGUACCGAAGACGCAGAGUGACUUUGGUGGCGGUGGGGCAUACCCAGAGGUGCAUUUGGCUCAGUUUCCUCAGGAUGCUGGACGGCGUGUGACGGAGGCGGAGAUUGUGCAGCGUAAGGUGAGUAUAAUGAGUCAUCAGAUAAACGAGUUUGGGCAUGCGGUGAAGCCAGGAGACCAUUUAGCCCGGUAUAUGCCGGCGGAUGGAUUGGAGAAGCCUAGUGACGAAGCGACAGAAGCAUUAGCGCAGGAUACCGAGCGAGCAUUGGCGGCAAUUUUGGGGAAGCGUGCAGGCCAAUCUCAGUUGGCACGUGCGGAAGCGAGUGCCCGUGCAUCAGAUAAAUUUGUACGUUAUAUACCUGAUCCAAAUGCACCGGGAUAUAAUCCAGCUAUCAAGGAACGGGUAGUCCGAAUUGUGGAAAAAGCUGUAGACCCAUUGGAACCCUCCAAGUUCAAGAAACGAAAAGCACCUGCCCCCAAUUUAGAAGAACCUACUCCUCUACUCAGACCACCCCCCAAGAAAUUAACGCCUGCCGAACGAGAAAGCUGGAACAUACCACCUAGCAUUAGUAACUGGAUUAACCCUGCUGGACACACACUCCCACUCGAAAUGCGCAUUCAAGCUGACCGUCGUAACAUGCAAGAGGUCACAGUCAAUCCCAAAUUUGCCGGAUUCAGUGAAGCACUCUAUGUAGCAGAAAGAGUCGCACGUGAGGAACUUAAACUUAAGCAGGACUUAUUAAAACAGAAGGCUCAGGAAGCUGAAAAAGAACGAGAACAAAAACUUAGAGACUUAGCCGCCAAAGCGAGACAAGAAAAAAAUCUUCUACUCGCCGCACGAGCGGCACAACGACGAGACGACGACAACGAAAUCAAACAAGAAGUCAAGGACUCACCAACUAGACAUCAAUGA